AUGGUCUCUAUCGAUGCAUCCGAGAAGCCUCAGAAAGAAAGAGCCUUUGUGACUUUUUUGGCAGGCAGUGGAGACUACGUGAAGGGAGUGGUGGGAUUAGCCAAGGGCUUGCGUAAGUUUAAGAGUGCUUACCCUCUUGUUGUUGCUGUGUUGGCUGAUGUGCCUGAGGAACAUAGAGAGCUCUUGAGGUCUCAAGGCUGUAUAGUGCGUGAGAUCGAGCCUGUUGAUCCUCCAGAAGGCCAAGAUGUAUACGCAAGAGCUUAUUACAUAAUCACUUAUUCAAAAUUCCGAGUUUGGAGUUUUGAGGAGUACAGCAAAAUGGUUUUCUUGGAUGCUGAUAUUCAAGUCUAUGAAAAUAUUGAUGACCUCUUCGAUCUGGAAGACGGUUAUGUCCAUGGGGUGUUGAGUUGUUUCUGCGAGACAUCAUGGAGUUUCUCGCCGCUCUUUUCGAUCGGGUAUUGUCAAUAUUGUCCAGAGAGAGUCACGUGGCCGAACGAGAUACAAUCUUCUCCUCCACCUCCUUACUUCAACGGGGGUAUGUUUGUGUUUGAGCCUAGCUCGUUGACACUUGAGAGUCUCCUUGAGACCCUCAAGGUCACACCGCCUUCACCAUUUUCCGAGCAAGAUUUUCUAAACAUGUUUUUUGAGAAACUGUUUAAGCCGGUCCCUCCGGUUUACAACCUGAUUCUGUCUGUGCUUUGGCGCCAUCCGGGACUCAUUGACCUGGAGAGAGUCAAAGUUGUUCACUAUUGUCCACUUGGAUCCAAGCCAUGGAAGUUCACAGGAGAAGAGCCUAACAUGGACAGAGAAGACGUCAAAAUGCUAAUUAAGAAAUGGUGGGAUAUUUAUAACGACAAAUCACUUGACUUCAAACCAAAAAGCAAUGGUGUUGAUUUGAAAGAUACCAUUUCGAAGUCAACAAUUAUAGAUUCAGUAACCGAACCAUCAUAUAUCAUUGAAAAUCCGGCAGCACCAAGCAUAAUUCUUCAUAAUUACGAACCACUUGAUUUGAAAGUAAUGGGCCAUACAAAUUCGGAAGAAGCCCUCUCUCCGUAA